GCACCUCUGGUCCUUACAGCAUCUCGUUGGGAUCACUGGUUGCUGUGCGUCCAUUAUAAUGAAGCACACUGCUGUGUGCCUUGUGGCACUGGCUCUGGUAGUCAGCCUCUGCUCCGGAUACCCGAAUGUAGACCAGGAGCACCACGAUCAGCAGCAGGCUAAGCAUGUUCUCGAGAGGCCGCUCAGCUGGACCUACCCUGAAGGGCCAACGGUUCCAGUUGAGCAUGUACCUGAUUUUCAGCUGAGGCACCCCAUCGCCUCAAAGACCGUCUCUGUGGAGUGCGGGGAGAGACAAGCACGAAUGGUGGUCCAGAAAGACUUCUUUGGAACAGGCCAGCUCGUCAAGCGCGCCGAUCUCACUCUGGGUCGCUGUGUCGCAGUAGGUGAGGACACUCAAGCCCAGGUGUUGAUAUUCGAGACCGAGCUGCAAGACUGUGGCAGCAUGUCACGGAUGACAGAUGAUGCUCUCAUCUACACAUUUGUGAUUGACUAUAACCCCAAAAUGCUGAGCGACUCCCCUAUUGUGAGGACCAUUGUGAGGAACAUUGAAACUGCUGUGAUUGUGGAAUGUCACUACCCAAGGCACCACAACGUCAGCAGCCUCCCGCUCGACCCAAAAUGGAUACCGUUCUCCGCGGUCAGGGUUGCCGAGGAGUUUUUGUACUUCACUCUGACCCUGAGGACCGACGACUGGAUGUACGAGAGGCCCCGUUAUCAGUACUACCUGGGAGACAUGGUCCGUAUCGAGGCCACUGUGAGGCAGUACCACCACGUGCCUCUGCGUGUUUUUGUGGAAACCUGCACGGCUACUCUCUCGCCAGAUAUGAACUCCAACCCCAGAUAUACCUUCCUUGAUCAGGGGUGUUUAGUCGACGCAAGGAUCACAGGCACAGAAUCUAGGUUCAUGCAACGCACAGCAGAGAACAUGCUCCAGUUCCAGUUUGAGGCCUUCAAGUUCCAGGGCGCUGACAGUGGGAUGCUUUACAUUACCUGCCACUUGAGAGCCACGUCAACCAGCCACGACAUUGAUGAUGACCACAGGGCCUGCUCCUACAUGAUAAACGACUGGAGGGAAUCCAGCGGCGUGGAUUCGGCAUGUGCCAACUGUGACGCUAUUGUUGAACAACGACAAACAGGUGGCUGGGGCACCGGUGGCGGAGGCGGCUCUCAAACAGGAGGGGGUAACUGGAACACUGGUGGCGGAAGUGGCACCCAAACAGGAGGGGGUGGUGGCAGCGGUGGUGGCGGCAGCGGCGGUGGCGGCAGCGGCGGUGGCAACCAACCCGGGGUUUCCUGGCCCUCCAGUGGCUCAGGAGGAACUGGCAGCACAGGCACUUUCUGGAGCACUGGUAGUAGCAGCGGAAAUUCUGGAGGAAAGCCAUGGCACACCAGUGGAGGCGGUGGUGGCAUUGUCGGCAUUAACGGCGGCGGCAGUGGUGGCGGCAGUGGAAACCAACCGGGCGGCAACCAACCCAGGGUUUCCUGGACCUCCAGUGGCUCCAGUGGCUCAGGAGGAACUGGCAGCCCAGGCACUUCCUCGAGCGCUGGUGGCGGCGGAAAUUCUGGCGGCACCACAUGGCACACCAUCGGAGUGGGCGAUGGACAAACAGGUGGCGGACAACCACCUAAAGUUUCUUGGAACCCCAGAGGUUCUGGAAGUAGUGGCACCUCAAGCACUUCUUGGACCAGCAGCUCAACUAGUAGCAAUACCUGGAGUGGAAGGACGGGCCGUUCAGUGAAAGAACAUCCAGUUUAUGAAUGGGCAGGCGUUGUCACACUGGGUCCCUUCGAAGUUGCAGAGAAGCUCGCUUAAAGUCAACAUUCCAACGUGGCGAUCGAAAUAAACAUUCUGACUGGAUUAUGGCUGACUGGAUGUUAUUACCUACAUAGCCAUAAUGCCUCCAUUAAAAUGACAAAGAAAAGAAAAAAAAAACAUCAAAAACUGACAUGUGUUGGAAAGUGACAAAUCUUUUUGUUUCGAAAUUGUCACGUAUUUUGCGUUGCCGCUGUGUAAUGAUAUGAGUAUUUUUGUAUUCCCAAGUCAGGGUUUUGAAUGGAAAUAAAAUUGCAAUUGUGUGAAA